AUGAAUGAAGUGUCGGUUCUCCGCCUUCCCGUGGAGGAUGACGUAAAUGAAGUGAUUCAUGGCUUGGACGAGGAGGCCCUGAAACACAGUGACAGCCGUCUGCCUUUUCAGAUCUUUCCAGACCCUUGUGAAGAAGAAGAAGUACCGGUAAAGAUGAGAGGAAGGCUGCCCUCCAUUGUGGUGGAGCCAACUGAUAUAAUUGAUGCAGAGAGUGGCGAGUUGCGAUGGCCACCAGAGUCUCUAAGAAAGGCAAUAGAGGAAGCUGCAUUACAGGAAGAAAAUGCAGAGGAAGGCGAAGCAGAAGAGCAGCCAGACAAUAGCAAGGACGCAGAGGAAGAGCCACAGCCUGAGAAAGCCUAAUAUUUACAGAAAAGGAGGAAUCAGUGACUGGAGAUGUGCCCUACAUGAAGCAUGGCAAACACACUAAACAAAGACUUUGUAAAACCAGCAGAGAUGCAUCAACUGGAAGUCUGUGCUCAGGCUUGCUAUUUAUUAGAAAGAAAGGAAUCCCUUCCUGUAAAUUAAAUGUGAAAAUGAACAACUUAAUGGCAUGCUCCCUGGCAAGGAACUAUUUAGUUACCUAUACUCUUUAUCUAAGAAAAUGCCCCAUGAUACAGUGGUUUAAUAAUGUUCUACGAUGUGUGUUUUCAUUCUAUUUCUCCAUGUUGUAUAAAUGUUCAGCUAAUGUUAUUAGUACAAAGCUUGUAAUAUUGUCUUUUUAGAAAUAAGUAUAAAUAAUAAGACCAUUGCUUGGAGAGGGAAGGGGUAAGAGACAGAGGUCAGCAGUACUGUCUUUCUUUCGUUUUUUUAAACAUAACAAUACAUUACAAAAUGAUUAUUUUACUGUAAUUUGGCUAUAUAUGCUAGAUAUAAGGCUAGGCUUACAUCUCUGGAGACAAUAGGACCAAAACCUUUGACAGCUGUCCACAAGCUCCUUCCUUAGCCACGAUCCAUAAUGUUCACUUAACUUUACCUGACUCCACAUAAAUAAUCUAAAAAUAAUUAUUAAAGUUAUAAAAAAAAUACAAGCACAACUGUAAAUAUAGAGGGCCACCAAGAGAUCUGUUGGACCUUGGCAUUAUGUAGGCGAGGCCAUGCUCAAUUGUAAAUACAUGGGUCAUAUGCAGAAGAUGCGGGCCACCAAAGGGGCGAUGCCACACUAUCUUAGGGGCAUGGUUACAUCGCCCUGGGCCCCUACACAGGCUUAUACUCCCAGUUGGCACUCUUUAGUGUUCACGCUGUUAAAAGUUUUAUACAGGUAUAAAAUCAACUAUCUUGAAUGGUUAGAAUUUAAGAAAUCUCAGGAUAAUAUAUAUACAUCUACUUUCACAAUUACUCCUGUCAUUUCCCACACUCUCUCCGAUAGUCCACCCAUUAAAUUGUUUAGCAGUUCUCCUCACUGUGACUAUAUUGCACAUAAA